AUGGAAGCCUCGACCUCUCCAGAUGCCUUUGCGCCUUCUGUGGCUGCUAAAGCCCCAGAAACCGUGGAUGGCCAAGGCCCAAUAGCCAGGGACCGGAAACCAGAGGAACUCGUCGAGGGAAACAGUGAACGCGACGAAGGUUAUCUGAGAAGAAAAGAGAGGUCUUCUGAGGCUGAGGCGUUUGAGGAAGAGGCGGGAAACCACAUUGUUGUGGUUGUCCUCGAAAUAGGGACCAGCGAAAUUCGGAUCGGUUUCUCAGGAGACAAGACGCCUCGGCAUCGUCUGCCUGCUUUCCUCUCACGUCUUGUGGAAGCCGGUCCUCAACCCGAGGACCUACACUCGCCUCUUUCUCUUGCGAAGACGUUCGUCGGAGAAGACGCCUUCACAGCAGCGACUCGGGCAGCAGAAGAGGACGGUUGUGCGGUGGGCGUAGUUGCCGCGCAUCCACAUCAUCCUUGGGCAGUCUCCAGAGAGUCCUACGACAAUCUUUUUGUUGUCAUAGAUGCGGCGCUUGAAAGGCUGCUGGAAGAACGCCCACAAGGGACAGAGGCGAGUGCCCGAGAAAAGGACGACGCAGUCGGAGAGUCUCGCGACAAGGCGACAAGUUCUCUGCCGACUGCCGAGAUGCCAUGGGCACUCUUGGCGGUCGUCCCGGUCAUCUGCGACCAACGGCUAGCCAGCUGCUUGCUUCGCUGGGCUCUGGAGACACGACGUGAGAUUUUCGGCGCUGUGAAGCUCAUCGCCGACGCCCGGAUGGCGGCGUACCAUCACCUUCUGCUUCUCCCUGAAGACCAGCGAAGCGCCGAGAAAGGACUUCUUGUGGUUGACGCUGGCGAGACAGCGAUCCGAGUGGUGCCCGUCGGCGGCCAGGCGCUGACGCCGGGCACGCAUGCGCUCCAGCAGACGGAAGUCGCUGGUAGCCUGCUCACGAGUCUCGUUCUUCUUCAUCAGGAGAAACGGGGAGAAGGGACGCGGGGCACACGACGCGGAAUGACCUGGAGAGAGGCGACUCAGUACAAGGAGCAGUGCUGCUUCGUCAGCGGCCUCGUGCGCCAACCGUCGACAGACACCUUUCUCUUCCCAGAGAUUUUCUUCACUCCUCAGCUGCUCCGGAAUGCCAAUCUUUCUCCGAUUGUGAACUCCACCUCGCAGGCGAGCCUCACUCAAGUGAUCCUCGAUGCCUUCGGCAAAGGCACCGUGUGCGAACGAGCUCUCUGGCUGUCGCGCAUUUGCCUUGUCGGAGGCACGGCGAAACUCGCCAACUUUGCAACUCGCAUUCGCCUGCUCGUCUCGGAUGAUCCGCAGCUGGCGGCGUUUUGCGGCGCCUCAGCCUUUGGCAGAGUAGCCGUCCUCGAUGAAGAGGCCUGGAUCACCAGAGAAGAGUACGAAGACAGCGCCGCUAUUCCGGCUCUAGGAAGACGCGCUCUUCGUCAUGCAAACUUAGGAUAG